AUGGCGAGUCGCGGCCGGCCUCGGCCGGGCUCGCUCCAGGCCCUCGCCGCCGCCUCCAUCGCUAUCCUCUUCCUGGCCGCCGCGUCCAGGGCCGCCGCGUCCAGGGCCGCCGCUGGAUCCCCCGAUCGGCCCGCGCCGGGGCCGCCGCUGUUCCUCCCGCUCACGCGCUCGUACCCCAACGCCAGCCGGCUCGCCGCCUCGUCGCGGCGCGACCUUGGUGACGGGGCGCACCCCAACGCGCGCAUGCGCCUCCACGACGAUCUCCUCACGAACGGGUACUACACGACGAGACUGUACAUCGGGACGCCCCCGCAGGAGUUCGCGCUGAUCGUUGACUCCGGGAGCACUGUCACCUACGUGCCCUGCGCCUCCUGCGAGCAGUGCGGCAACCACCAGGAUCCACGAUUUCAACCUGAUCUCUCCAGUUCAUAUUCACCAGUAAAAUGCAAUGUCGAUUGUACUUGUGACAGUGACAAAAAACAGUGCACUUAUGAGAGGCAGUAUGCUGAAAUGAGCUCCAGCAGUGGGGUGCUUGGUGAGGACAUUGUGUCUUUUGGCAGAGAGAGUGAACUUAAGCCACAGCGUGCUGUUUUUGGCUGUGAAAAUUCUGAAACUGGAGAUUUGUUCAGUCAGCAUGCUGAUGGCAUAAUGGGCCUUGGUCGUGGUCAACUUAGUAUAAUGGAUCAGCUUGUUGGAAAGGGUGUCAUAAGUGAUUCAUUCUCAUUGUGCUAUGGCGGUAUGGAUAUUGGUGGUGGUGCUAUGGUGCUUGGUGGAGUGCCUGCUCCUUCUGACAUGGUUUUUUCACAUUCAGACCCUCUCCGCAGUCCAUAUUACAACAUUGAGUUAAAGGAAAUACAUGUUGCUGGAAAGGCACUGCGGGUAGAUUCAAGGAUCUUCGACAGCAAGCAUGGGACUGUUUUGGAUAGUGGAACCACAUAUGCUUAUUUGCCAGAGCAAGCUUUCGUGGCAUUUAGAGAUGCUGUGGCAAGUAAAGUGCAUUCUCUCAAGAAAAUUCGUGGCCCUGAUCCAAAUUAUAAGGAUAUCUGCUUUGCAGGUGCUGGAAGGAAUGUCUCAAAGCUACAUGAGGUAUUUCCAGAUGUUGACAUGGUAUUUGGAAAUGGACAGAAGCUCUCACUUACACCUGAAAAUUAUUUAUUCCGGCACUCCAAAGUUGAUGGGGCUUAUUGCUUGGGUGUAUUCCAAAAUGGUAAAGAUCCAACAACACUAUUAGGAGGCAUCAUUGUUCGUAAUACACUUGUGACCUAUGACCGUCACAAUGAAAAGAUUGGCUUUUGGAAAACUAACUGUUCAGAGUUGUGGGAGAGACUACAUAUCGGUGACGCUCCUUCACCAGCCCCUUCAAGUGAUACAAAUUCAGAAACUGAUAUGUCACCUGCUCCUGCCCCUAGUAGCUUGCCAGAGUUUGAUGUUGGUCUCAUCACUGUUGAUAUGUCCAUAAAUGUUACCUACCCAAAUCUGAAACCUCAUCUCCAUGAGCUGGCCGAGCUGAUAGCUAAAGAGCUGGAGAUUGACUCUCGUCAGGUUCGAGUUAUGAAUAUUACGAGCCAAGGAAAUUCUACUCUGAUUAGAUGGGGUAUUUUCCCAGCAGGAUCUGAUAAUGCUAUGUCCAACGCAACAGCAAUGGGUAUCAUCUAUCGGUUAACUCAGCAUCAUGUUCAGUUGCCUGAAAAUCUUGGCAGUUAUCAAUUGCUCGAGUGGAAUGUGCAGCCUUUGCCGAGAAGGUCAUGGUUUCAAGAACAUGUAGUCUCUAUACUGCUUGGGAUUUUACUAGUUGUUUUGGUCACUUUGUCAGCCUUUUUAGUAGUACUUGUUUGGAGAAAGAAAUUUAGUGGUCAAACUGCCUACAGACCUGUUGAUUCAGUGGUGCCCGAGCAAGAACUCCAGCCACUAUAA